AAAGACAGACUUAAGCGACACUGCUGCAUCCAUACCAACAAGCGUCCCUACCGCUGCUCAACACCAUGCUGUGACAAGAGCUUUACCCAAAUUUUGCAUCUCAAUCGCCACAACCCAACCCACACAGGAGAGAAGUCCUACCAGUGCCAGCACAGUGGCUGCGGGGGGGGGCAUUCUUUCAGGUGUAGCCGAUUCCCUCCUGACCCUUCUAGCUUAGCGAGGCAUCGCCAUGUCCACACCGGCAAACGCUGA